UCUCCCCUUUUCUUUGUCCUCCUAUCAUUUCCCUUGUUCUUCCCUUCUUCGAUUUCUCUUGCAAAGCAAUCCAUGAUUGCUCCGGCCAUCUCCUACGAUUUCCGGCAGCGUUACAUGUCGCCAGCCGACGUUCAUGUCGUUACAGUCGGCGGCCAUAGCAUCCCGGCGCAUUCCAGCGUUCUGGCUUCCGCCUCGCCGGUGCUAGAGAGCAUGAUCUCGCAUCAGAAGAUAAAAAUCCUCGGCGCUCCUCACAACGCCGUCCUCGAAUUCCUCGGCUUACUCAACGCCGGCGAGGGAGGGCGGCCGCUGCCUGAGGAAACCGCCGCGAUGAAGCUUUACGGCGUUCAGCUCCUCGUGCUCUCCCACUCCUACCGUAUCGGUUGGCUAAAGCGGCGCUGCGAGGCAGCCGUUGGUAAGCAGGUCGAAUCGGACGACGCAGUGGACGUUAUGAAACUCGCCCAGCUCUGCGACGCGCCGAAGCUUCGCCAGCGUUGCCUCGCCGUAGCGGCGAAGGACUUCGCCGCUUUGCAACGGACGGAGGGUUGGCGGUUUGUUCAGAAGCAUGACCCGCGGCUCGAGCUAGAGAUUUUACAAUUUAUGGAGGAGGGGGAGCAGAGGAGAAAGAGGUGGAGGAGAGAGAGGGUUGAUCAGGAGGUAUUUCUGCAACUCAGCCAGGCUAUGCAGUGCUUGGAGCAUAUUUGCACGGAAGGGUGCACUGUUGUCGGGCCGCAUGACGGGAAACCGCCGCGCAGAAGCAGGGGACCUUGCACCAGCUUCGGCAUGUGCGAAUCGCUGCAGUUUCUUAUCAAACACUUUGCCAAAUGCGGGAAGAAGCUCGCCGGCGGUGGGGGAUGUAUCCAGUGUAAGCGGAUGUGGCAGCUUUUUCGGCUUCAUUCGUCGAUAUGUGAUCGGGAACUCUGCAAGGUGCCGCUUUGCAGGCAAUUUAAGGUGAGGGCGUCGGGGGAGGGGGAGGAGAAGAAGAAAGGGGAUGAUGCCACAUGGAGAUCUUUGGUGAGGAAGGUGAUAUUAGCGAGAGUCAUGUCGUCGAUGGCUGCGAGGAAGACGCCGGAACAGCUCAUUAAGGCGUGGGAAAGAUGCAGAUCAAGAAAGAACUAAAUGUUUACGCAGUGCUUCUUUGUUUUUUUUGGAAGAAGAACACUGUAAAAAAUUAAAAAAAAAAGAAUAAACAAAACCUACCUUCCUUGUUUGGAGCAUUACUGAUUAAAAAAAAAAUGUAUUAGGAUUCGAAUUUAAGCUCAUUAAAUUUGCCGAUAGAUUUUUUUGGGGUG